ACGCAGAUGAGCUCAAUACUACAGACUCUCUCCUGCCUGAGCCUCAUCCUUCUUGUCUGGAACCAAGUGCCAGGGCUCCAGGGUCAUGAGUUCCGAUUUGGGCCCUGCCGAGUGGAAGGGGUGGUUCUCUCAGAACUGUGGGAGGCCUUCUCGGCUCUGAAGAACACUGUGCAAACACAGGAUGACAUCACAAGUGUCCGGCUGUUGAAGUCGCAGGUUCUUCACAAUGUCUCGGAUGGUGAAAGCUGUUACCUUGUCCACAGUCUGCUGAAAUUCUACUUGAACACUGUUUUCAAAAACUACCACAGCAAGGUAGCCAAGUUCAAGAUCUCGAAGUCCUUUUCCACUCUGGCCAACAACUUUUUUGUCAUCGUGUCAAAACUGCAGCCUAGUAAGGACGAGGACAUGCUUUCCAUUAGUGAGAGUGCACACCGACGGUUUUUGCUGUUCCGCAAAGCAUUCAAACAGAUGGACACAGAAGCAGCUUUGGUGAAAGCCUUUGGGGAAGUGGACAUUCUCCUGACCUGGAUGCAGAACUUCUACCAGCUCUGACUAUCUAUCAGGAUAACUUCCUAUUUGUUCUCCACGCCAUUUCAAGCCAUUGUUAACACCCAGGCUGUCCUCAUGACACUUCAGACUCUUGGCCAUGGACUGACUCCGUUGCUGGCUCAGGCUUCUCCUCAGACUUCAUUCUCCAGCAGUCCAAAUGACAGUCAUGGCAGGCACCUUGAAAUGCUGUGGUGAACCCCUAAA